UGCAAUAGAUGUCGCUAACGAUAAGAAUUUCGUUAUUUUUCAUCAAACUUCUUCCAAACUUCAUAUUUUGUCCAUUUUGACGCACCAGUUUUUUUCAUAGAACGAGCAAACAAUGGCUGAAGGUGGUCCAGCAAUCAAGCAGGAACCAGUUGAGGCAGUCGACUUGGAGAAUAGGAUUCUAGAACUAUGCCAGCAGUUUCCAAAGGGAGUGAACGAUGCCAUGAUCAUGACAUCAUGUCCUCAAUUCGAGGCCAAACAGAGGGUUAUGGCUAUCAACAGAAUGUUGUCGACAGGAAAGCUCGACUUGAUGAAAAGUGGUAACUCUCUACUUUACAAGAUGAAAGAUCCAGAAGCAGCCAGUAAAGUGAAAGGUGGUGACCAUCAGGAAAAACUAGUCUACCAGAUCAUUGAAGAAGCUGGAAAUAAAGGGAUUUGGAUCCGUGAUAUUCGAUACAAGAGUAAUUUACUCCUCACACAAGUCAACAAAAUACUGAAGAAUUUAGAAAGCAAGAAACUCAUCAAAGCAGUCAAGUCAGUUGCAGCAUCCAAGAAGAAGGUUUAUAUGCUAUUCAACUUGGAGCCAGACCGGACAGUAACUGGAGGUGCCUGGUAUAGUGACCAAGACUUUGAAUCAGAGUUUGUCGAGGUGCUGAAUCAACAAUGUUAUAAAUUCCUUGAGCAAAAGGCGUCAGCUGCUAGGGAAGCUAGCAGUGAUCCAGUGGUGCAGAGAAACAGCUCAUAUGGAUCCUGCAAGGAGGUCUGGCAGUAUAUUUCAGAAUUGAGAAUUAGUAAGGUUGAAUUGUCAAAAGAAGAUAUAGAGACUAUAUUAGAUACAUUGAUAUAUGAUGGUAAAGUUGAGAAAUCGAUAGUUGCUCAGGCUGGUGGGCAUGACGAUGCAGGAGAUGUCAAGCUAUACAGGGCAGUACUCCCUUUUGUGGCCACCACAGGACUGAUGAGAACGCCCUGUGGAGUCUGUCCGGUGUUUUAUCAUUGCAAUGAAGGAAGUGCCAUUUCCCCAUCAACAUGUAUCUACAUGAAAGACUGGCUGGACUUCUGAUUUGGGAGCAACAGUCGAGGAGACAAUGACUGUCAAUCGAUGAGGCAGCAAUUAAGGGUGCCUUUCAUAAAGUGGUUUUAUCCAUGUUUGUAUUGUCCGCUCGGACUGUUGUCCUGAUGAUUGCUCAGAGGUGGCGGAAAGAUAUAUUAACAACUGAAGGACUUUUGAAUUGUCAGCGAAAUAGCUUUGAAUUAUUUCAGUGAUUUGCUACUGUUAAGUUUUUGUUAUGGAGGUGCUACAAAAUGUGCAUUUGCGUAAAAUAUGUCAUUAUUUUGUGAUAA